AUGUCAUCGGUAAAGAAUGAUGAAAUUCAAACACAAGAGAUACAGGGCUCGUGGAGAGAUAUACUGCUGCCAAAGCAGAGUUCAUCCAAAAAAGAAGAGUUAAAAAAAGUUGGAAGUACAAAUAGCGACAUACCGAACAGAAAAAGUAAAAUCUUAGGAAGUUUGGCUUUUCUAGCCGGUUUAAGUAUUGGUGGUUUAACGAGUGCAACGUCAACUGUGAAAACGUAUGCUAAGCCUCCACCAGUGACAUUAAAUUUUGAUGCUUCUCGAGUUUCACCACACAUUGGUCCGAUUUACGGUCCUUACCCUUACGUGUCGCAUCCUUACAUCUUUGCCACUCCUUUAGGAUUGUAUUCUAUACUGAAUCCUCUGAGUUUACAACCAAUCGGUGGCAUUCAAAAUGAUCUUCAAGCAUUGACUCAACAUACGCAAGUACUGAAUUUGUUAGAUAAUAAAAAACCAAAUGACCUGUUAAACAACAAUGAGGAGUAUAUAGAUGUGGCCAAGAAGGUUGAGAAUGUUAAAACUUCGAACACCGUUGAAGAAGAGGCUAGCGAGGGUGCAGAAUCACAAUUUGCAGACGAUCGGAAUGCGGAAGAGGAGAUGUUGAAACCUGGGACAAUCUGCAGUAAACAAAAAGGAUAUAAGAUGAAACAGAGCACUUCGCUGAGAGAUGAAUCCGUGGAACGUGAAGGUGGAUGGAAGGAUUCAUUAGUAAUUUCCAGUUUUCGGGCAAAAAAUAGAACGAGAAAAAAUUCUACUCUUUCUCAGCUCCCAGAAAAUGGAACUGUUGUUUUCACUACGACAACGAAGAAUAUGGAAAAUUCGACGGUGAAUGACACAACCACAAGUGCACCCUUUUACGGAUACUACGGUGGAUAUCCGCAAGAUAUACAUCACAUAGCCUUUACUACGGAAACAAACGAAUACAAAUAUCACGAUUACGACCCUGUUAAUUAUAAUUUACCAUCAUACGGUAAACCGGCGAACUUUCACUCAGACGAAAGGUACAAUUAUUAUGCGCAUCCGCCUCCUGAUUCUUCGGUGACGAAUGAAUUUCCUCAGGAACAAAUUCCUGAAUACUUCUCCCAUGAUUUUAAUAGAUACUUAUACACACCAUACAAUACACCACCAUUCGCUAACAGCGGUUUCAGACCCGUUGUCUAG